CGCGAAUCAGACGAAUGUAACCUGUUCUUUAGGCCGCCGUGUAGUCUUUUUUAGCCAAAAUGGUUUAUUGCUUUUGCCGGCAGCCAGCUGAUGAGCACCCUAUGGUUCAUUGCGAUGCUUGCAAUGAGUGGUACCAUUUUCGGUGUGUAGGGCUUAAGAAUAACCAAGUUACUGCUGUUCGCAAACUAGCAAAUUACAAUUGCUCACUAUGUAUCCGAUUUCGUUCUCUGGAGAAUCAGCUCCUUGGUCAAAUUUCCCUUCUGGAAGCCAAAAUAUAUGAAAAAAGCAAUCAGGAACAUGAGCAAACCAAGGAGCAGAAGCGGCAGCAAGCUUAUCUAGAAGCACGACAAUGUAGCCACUUGACAAAUGUAAAUAAGGAUCUAGAGCAAAAACUUAAGGAGGCUGAAGCUGCUCUAAAGUCCCUGCAAGGACAAUACAACCUUUUAACUGAUGCUAAUAAAGAGCGAGAACAAAGACUCAUUGAGGCUGAAGCUGCUCUUAAGUCCAUGGAAGGACAACGCAACCUUCUGACUGAUGCUAAUAAAGAGCUAGAACAAAAACUUUUGCAGGCCCAAGCUGAUUUGAAGUCUCUGAAAAGGCAAAACAAUAUUUUGAGUGAUGAAAAUACCGUGCUGAAGAAGCCCCAUGGUACUGAUAUUUCAAGCAACAUUAAAAGAAAAAAAUUAUCUCUUUCAAAAGUGACUUGCACAGCUGGAUCUACCACAGCAUCACAACAGGAGAAUAAAUUGCUGAAGCCUGAAACGCGCAAGAAAGCGUUAUCUCAAUCAGCAGCAGGAAUGCAUGCAUCAGGUCCUACAUUUAAGAAGUCUCAACGUCGGUACAUUGAUGAUGAAGAGUCUAAUGAGGAUUAAGGAAAUGAAUCAGUUUGU